UGCUGAAUAAUUACUAAAUUGUCUCGGUUUAAAAAUCAAAACUUCUCUCAAAGCCGCUUGAAAUCCCUGUAAAUUUUUAACAAAUCGAUUGAGUUUUCUGUUUGCCAUGUUCUGCACACGUGCAAACAAGCAAGGGAGCAAUGUCCCAGCAAACUCCUUCUUCUGGGCAGUCUCUUUGCACAGUUCCAUUUUUCCCCAGCCAAAGAUGGAGCCCAGAGAAAAUGCUUUCAGUACAUACAACAAACUAGUUUCUCAGGAGGAAAUCAUAGAGGAGGAACCUCCUCUCUACUUAAGCCAAGAGAAGCAACAAGUGUCCUUGACCACGGUGAGAUCCGACUCUUCCUUGAAUCCAUACAAACUGCUUGUGCUGGGCCUUGUGGUGCUGGCUGUAAUUCUACUGGCUGUUGACAUUGGACUGGGAAUCUAUUACUACAAACUGUCGGAAGGUAAAAUUGGGAGGGAUAUCAGCAUCGAAUUCGCCAAACUCCAAGGAUCCUACAACGAUGCGAUUCAAAGCAGAGAUGCUGCUGAGGAACAGCUGGAAAAAGAGAUCAAAGACCAAAGACUCACUAAAUGGGAGCUCGAUCACCUGGUCCGAAGAAGCAAAGACUACGAAAGGCAGACAGAGAAGCUCCAGCUGGAAAUUGCAGCACUAAGAUCCCACUUACCAAUGAUAAGGGAAGGCUGCAGACACUGUUUACCAGGUUGGACCUUCAUGAAUUCUCUGUGUUAUCACUUCCCUUUCUCCGACUCAUAUUCAUCCAAAACCUGGCUGGAUGCGAGAGCUUUCUGCAAGAGGAUUGGAGGCGACUUAGCAGUUAUUGACAGCAGAGAGAAACAUCUGGCCAUAAUGAAUUUGAUAAACAACUACCAAGACCCCUCGAGACCAAUACAGCAAAGUGGCUUCUGGAUUGCCCUGAGAGAUGGGGAUGAGGAAGGGAUGUGGAGAUGGGUGGGUGGGACAAGACUAAGUGAAGGAUAUUGGAAUGAUGGGGAGCCAAACAACCUUAACAAUGAAGACUGCGCGGCUGUUUAUCCCAGAAACAACCCCUUUAAGGCGUGGAACGAUGUAUCCUGCACUUAUCACCUGAAGUGGAUUUGUGAAAUGUUACCAAAUUUCCAGUUUUGAUCAAAACUUUCUUUGAAAAAGAGAAAAAUCUUGUUUUUUCUAGAGAAGAGCUUCCCCUUUAGACCGUCUCUGAAAAAUGUUUGUUCAUGCAAUAAACUCACAAAUAUAUCAAAAAUAAAAUUAGCCUAAAAGCAAA